CUUGCAAGUGGAGAAAGAGACUUCAAUAAUUUGAUUUUUGAAAAUUAUAAAAAUAAUAAUAUUAUAGCUGGAAAUCUUGGUGUCGACGAAGAUGGGUGCUUGUACCGUACCUUAUCUUUUUUUAUUUUUCAAAAUUCAAAUUAGGUUUGUGUCAUUUGCAUGGACCACUACACAUUUCUUUCUUGUGACAUUUUUUUUUUUUUUUUAUCUUAUAUGACCAAAGUAUCUACCCACUUGUUUAGUGACUAAUUUUCGUCGAAAAAUCUGUUUAAUGACUCUCCUCUCAGCCAUAUUAAUUUUUUAAUUAAGGAAACUCGAACCUGAGACCUCUCUUUAAGAGAUAUCAGUCCAGUUCCAUUAAGACGAAUAUAUGUUUCUUUCCAUCUCAAGUCCACAACACUUCAUUUUUUUAUGUAUUGUCUAUUUUGGGUCUUGUGCGAGUUCUCAUGGUUUUGUCUUUUGUAAAAUUCCCCUUUUUGAAUUUUGUUAUAAACUACCAUGAGCCGAGAUUCUCAAGCAAUGUGAGACUUUUUGGUGUACUGGAACAUUAUCCUUGGUUGUGACAUUUUUUUGUGAAUAAGUGUGUAAAUUAAGUUGUAAAUUUCGUGUUAGUUUCCAAUAUAUGAUUACUAGAAAUUCUUAUGUACCACAUUUUAUUAUGGUCAUCAAUCUAAUACACAAAUUCUCUGGAUUUUCUCAUCUUGCUAAGUCACCUUCACUCACGUGGUGUUAUAUGAAAGGUUUGGACAAGAAAAUCAAGUUGUAGUAUGUUUUGGAUUGCAAUUUGCGAGGUAGUUGAUUGCUUGCGGGGCUUGAGCUCAGCAGAUCUGAAAUAAUAUUUAGGAAACAAUCUAUCACCAUGAGUAGAAAGGUUUAUGACGAGAUAAAGUCGGGGAAGUCUUCUUUGCCAUAUGUUGCCGACCAUCAUCAUGAAAUUCACAAAAAUGUGGAAGGCGGCACUUCAAAAUUUCACCGGAGUCACCACAAGCACGGGAAUUGUGAUAGUGAGUAUGAAGAUGAGCUGGUUAAGUACAUGUCCAAUUUGCCAGGUUAUUUACAGAGGGGAAGAGAGAAAGUUUUAAAUGUUGGUGUUCUUGAUUGGAGCCGUCUAGAACAAUGGCAGCACAUUCAUAAAAAUGCAUCACAUAGAAAUAGCAGGAGUUCAACAUCUAGUACUGCAUCAUCCUCUUCUGUUCCAACGGACGGGUUAUCUGGUCAUUCUGGUAAAGAUCAAAGGAAAUUGCGUCAGUCGCUGAAAUCUCACUUUGAAGCGUCUUCAAUUCAAGACAACUCUCAAGCUGUCAAAACCUCUAGAAGAAGUGUUGGACAUUGUCAAGAUUUUAGAGGUAGCAUCGGUAAUAUUAACACACCGAGCAAACAUGUCAGAGCAGAUGAUCGUCUUUCGGUGAACCAUCCUAACAGCAGACUGAAAGGUUGUGACAGGAAAUAUUUGGAACCGUAUAUCAAUAAGGAAAGCGGCGUCAAACGAAAUGAGCAAAUGCACAAGGCAGCAUCAAGUGCUAAGCUAGACAUGCGCAGUAGAGAUGGUGGAAAGGAUAAAAGAGUAGAGAAUUUUAAUGAACCAAAUAUUGAUAAUGUUGUGCAAGCUAUGCUCAGGAAAAACGAGCCGUUUGUUCAUCUUUUGCCUAGAGACAGCCCUCAGAAUAGUCAUUGUGGAGUUCCUCAUAUACAAACGUUCUUAGCUCAGAAAUCAGAAAAGUAUAGUCGAUUGAGCUUUUCAGAACAGCCUAAGGAACUCUGUCAGAAAGAACUAAAUUAUGAUGUUUCGCAUUCAGGUAGCCUUCCUGAUGAGCUUGGCUGUAAUGAUUCUCAGAAUAAAGGUUCUGGUUGCAGUUCCACAGAUAUUGAAAGUAGCAAACUUCAUGCUUCUACUUUUUCAUCACCAAUAUCUACUUCCUCAUCACCUUUAUCAGUCAGAGUGGAAAUAAGUCUUCCCAAGUCUAGAAAAGCCGAGGAAAUGAGACAAACUGUGGCAAAAACUUCAUCUGCAAAUAGGCCUUUCCAUGAAUUAGACCAAAAAGUAAUUUCUGAAAAGUCAAGAAGUUCUUCACCUUUUCGUCGAUUAAGCAUCAGCAUUGGCUAUACAAGUGGAGGCUCUGCUUGUAAAGAGGAUGAGGAUGUCCCUAAUCAGAGCUCUACAACUGCGGGUAAAUCUAAUUCAGAAACUGUGAGAGGUUAUGCUAACUCAAACAUUUCAGGAAGUGAUAAACCUGGUGACACAGGCAGAAGCAAGACAAGCCCUUUGAGGAGGUUACUGGAUCCAUUGCUGAAACCAAAGACAGCUAAGUUCAGUCAUUCCUUGGAAUCAUCUCAGAAGGAUUCAUCGUCCAUAAAUAAGAAUUAUAGGUCAGCUAAUGGGAGAUUUUCAACCCUUCAUCCAAUCAAAGAAGUGGAUAGGGACCAAAGGGUCGGUUGUAGCCCCGUUAAACCCGUCGAUUCUUCAAAGGACAAGAAGCACGCUCCAUCAAUGAGUCAAGCUCUUCUGAGAAUUUCUGUGAAGAAUGGCCUGCCUCUUUUCACAUUUGCUGUUGACCAAACUGACGGCAACAUUCUUGCAGCCAAAGUGAAGAACUUAGGUGGGUCAGGAAAAGAUGAAUGCAACCGUAUCUAUACUUUUCUCACCUUUAGCGAGGUUAAGAAGAAGAAUGGAAGUUGGAUGAGUAAAGGAAGCAGAAGCAAAGGACCUGAUUAUGUUUCCCAUGCUGUCGCUCAAAUGAAGGCUUCUGAUUCACACUGCUUGGAUUUAACUGGACAGAAUUGUGUGGACUCAUCUACCAUGAAAGAGUUUGUUUUGUUUUCAGUAAAGCUCGGGCAAGGGGAUACGAGUCAGGACACCGACUAUCUGCCAAAUGAUGAGCUUGCUGCUAUUGCUGUCAAAAUACCUCAGGCUAUCAGUUUCGUUAACGAUCAACAUCAUGGCAGUUGCCACAAUAAUAGUCAUGACCUUGUCCGUGCAACGGUUGUGCUUCCAGGUGGGGUUCAUAGUCUUCCGAGUAAUGGUGGACCUUCAUCACUUCUUGAGCGCUGGAAAUCGGGUGGAUCAUGUGACUGCGGUGGUUGGGAUUUGGCUUGCAAACUUAAAAUUCUUGCUAGUGACUAUCAAGCGUGUAGAAAACCAAGGUCGUCCAAAGCUUAUUUUGCAGAUUAUGAAUUUGAUCUUUUUGUUCAGGGGAAUGAACAAGAUUUGCGACCAGCAUUCAGCUUAACCCCUUUAGAGAAUGGAAUGUGUUCCGUAGCCUUUGACUCGUCACUCUCACUUUUGCAAGCGUUUGCCAUUUGCAUAGCAUUAGUGGAUAGCAAGAUGCCUUGUGAGCUUUCUGGAUCAAGAAACUCCAUUGAAGAAAAAAAUCCAAAGGAAACACUAUUGGUGCAAACUGCGAAACUGAAGGCAUUUGGUAAAUUGGAGAAUAUUCAUAUUCCUGCAAGUUAUGUUUCUUACCCACCAGUUUCUCCUGUUGGUAGAGUCUAAAAUUAACAUGUGGUAGAUAAAUGUCUCCGCUAGCUAGAGUAUAAGAUUGUAGCAGAAUUUUAGCAUAAGAUUAUAGCAGAAUCUUAGUAUUUUUUAUGUUUAUUUUUUAUCAACAGAAGCAAGUAUUAGUAUUAAAAAAUGCACAAUGUGAUAAACAAUGCUCAUAUAUCAAUCAAUUGAAGUGUGAAUAGUAUGAGUUAAUUGUAUUCUAUUGCUGUACAUUUUUUUCUUAAUACUUGUUCGACCAUGGAAUAAACACCAGCACUGUAAUGUAAUCAUAAUUCUUUAGUAAGAAAUAUGUUUUGGCAGAA